AUCUUCUUUAAAUAAUGCUAGAGCAAGAGUAGAACCUCUACACAUGGGAGCUCGGAGCUCGAAACUCUCGAAACUCGUCACUACCCGCACCCUAACCAGGGUCGGAUUUCAGAGUAUCACUGGAACGCCGCCAUAAUAGCACCGUGUUCCCCUCAUAUGAGCAUGGCGCUUUGCCGCAUGGGAUUCUCACCGGACGUAGGGAUCGUUACAGGAUUUCCCGGCAUCCUUUCCCCCCUCCCCUCGUUGGAGUUUGUUCGGCUUCCUCGACCCCGCGUGCCCGCGUUGUGAGCAGUUCAUUGCGGGGUCCCAGCCCGUGGUGGUUCGAUCUUGGCUUGCUUCUGUUCCCAUGUUCAUAAAGGAGAGGGAGAGACGGCCCGAGAACGAUAGAUGAUUGCCGUCACUCACUCAGUGCCUGUAAUCGCCCAUCUUCGUCAUCUUGAAUCUAAUCCAAUACCAUUCUCAAAAUCCCAUUAAUCAAAAUCAUGAGCGCGCUCGUCGGAGCAACAAAAGCCGCCGCCGCUCAAGCGAGCCGCGUCGUCAUUGUGACCGGCUCCGCGCGGGGCAUCGGCCGCGCCGUCGCCCUCCGCCUCGCCCGCGACGGCUACGAUGUCUGCGUCAACGACAUCGCCGCCAACGAGGCCGGCAGCCACGGGGUCGCCGACGAGAUCCGCCGCCUCGGCCGCCGUUCCGUCGUUGCUACGGCCGACGUACGGAGCCUUGGCGAGGUCCAGGGAAUGGUCAAAAAGGCCGUCGACGAGCUGGGGCCCCUGACCACCAUGAUCGCCAACGCCGGCAUCGCUCAGGUCAAGCCCCUUUUGGAAAUCACCGAGGAAGAAUUCGAAAACAUGUUCCGCGUCAACGUCUUUGGCGUGCAGCACUGCUACCAGGCCGCCGCGAAGCAGAUGAUCAAGCAGGGCAACUGCACGCCCGACCGCCCGGGCAAGAUAAUCGGCUGCUCCUCCAUCGUCGGCUUCAAGCCCUUCGCCCUCCUCUCGCACUACUCGGCCUCCAAGUGGGCCGUCCGCGGCCUGACGCAGGCUAGCGCCAUGGAGUACGCCGAGCACAACAUCACCGUUAACGCCUACGCGCCCGGCAUCGUCGGCACCGCUAUGUGGGACCUCAUCGACGAGAAGCUGGGCGAGAAGACGGGCGCCAAGAAGGGCGACACCAUCAAGAAGUACACGAGCGAGCUCAUCGCCCAGAAGCGCACCAGCGUGCCCGAGGACGUCGCCAAGCUCGUCAGCUUCCUCGCCAGCCCGGACAGCGACCACGUCACCGGCCAGACCCAGAUCGUGGACGGCGGCAUCAUUUACACGUAGCCUGUGUGUAUGUCGUGAGAGUGCGGAGGGGAUUUGUGUCUGCGGUAUCUGCUCACGUCUUGUCUCGUAUCGAGGAUGAGGCAAUCGUAAUUCUAGUAUUGAGAGCUUAUGGAAAUCAUGGUUUGGUCCUUUUCUGUCGGAUCAGUUCAUUCAUGUUGCAUCGCGAGAAAUAUCGGGUCAACAAUGGCCGGUUGGUGAUGAUGGCGAGCUUCCUGGUGGAGGCGCACACUGUGCAAGGGUGUCCCCUUCAACCCGGGAGGCCCAACAUCGUUCUGAGCUAUGACGAGACUCAGCAGAGCCGUUACUGCCCUAUGGUGGCGGGUCCAUCAAAACUCUGUGAAUUUCUUGGUUAUGGGUUGGAAAGGGCAAGCUCAUAUAUUCCAAGCUUCCAUCAUCAUUUCGCUGGGUGAUAGGAGGCCAUCCCGACAGAGUCAUGCUUAGAUUGUGCUGUGGUCUUUGACUCAGUACAGUACGGAAGCCAAUAUUGGUUGGGUGCAAUUGCCUUCCAGCUGAUGACCAGUACUGAUUGUACAAGGACACCAGCAAUUUCCCUGGGGCUGAAUCGCACUGAGAACGCGGUGCCAAGCCCAACGGACUCGAUCGGAUCUCCCUCGGCGACAACCGGCUCCGUGGUGGGUCCCGCGUCCGCCAAUCCCGGCGGCGCAGGUGAUGGUACUCGGAUGUGGAACUACAUGGAAAGAGCCUCUUCUUGCGGUUGGAAUACCGAGUUGAGGCGGCAACACCCCCGAAAUACAGAAGUUACAGAGGAAAUCGUGGGCAAGUGGGGUUGUUCUGUGCAGACAGAUAUAACCUAGAAGAUGCUUUUCUUUUUUCUUCUUUUUUCUUCAUGCCGUCUGUUGCAAACUCUAC